CUUUGGCUAGCGCCGUGUAUAUAAAAACCCAACUGUGGACGAAAUAAAUUUAUCAUUUGCUAGUGAAAAUGAAGCUUUUGGUAGUGUUUUCCGUGCUGCUUCUUGCUGGUUGUCUCGAGGCCCAGCGCUGUGUUCAACAAAAAUGUCCUGCCAACGAAGUUUGGAACUGUUGUCCACCUUGUCCCCAAAAGUACUGCUUCCAACCGCAAAUUAAGCCACAAUGUCCUGCUGUUUGCCGACCAGGGUGCGUCUGUAUUGCCGGUUAUGUAAGGGACAAUAAUACCGACAAGUGUAUUCCAGAAAGAUCGUGUGGCACUGUAACAAGAGCUCCGCCACCGAUGCAACAACGCAACGCUAUCGGAAUGAAUUGGACGAUCGUUUUGUUAUUUGCUGCCGGGUGCGGUAUUUGUGCCGCCCAGUCUUCUGGAGCCUGGAAAGGACUCAUUCCGAUGACUGCUGGAGCUAAAUGUCCCAUCAGCGAAUGUCGACGCAACGAGGUGCUGAAAGUAUGCGGAUUAUGUUACGACAGUACGUGUUCCGGUCAGGGCAUUGAAGUGUGCAAGAAAAUUUGCUACUGCGGCUGUUAUUGUAAGGCGGGUUACGUACGAACGACUAUCAAUGGCCCAUGUGUUCUACCGAAGCAGUGCCCAGCAUCUCCUGCAACGGUGUAAAAUAUAAACGCUUUUGUGCAUCAAUGUGUUUCGCUUUUGAACUUUAUUUACUAAUGGAGUUUUACUUCGAUAAAGUUCACGCAAAUCGGUGACGCGUGUCGGUAAUAGUCGUGCAAACGUGUGUCUGAUUGGGCUAUUGAGCUUUCGGCAAAAGGGUAAAUUGGUUUUUGAUCGUUUUUUUGCAAAAAUUACUGCUAUUUAAAAGAUUCGUUUCGUGAGCUUAACGGGCAAUGGUACGAAGCAGUAUAAUUACAAUGAUACGCCAUUUAUCCGUGCUUAUCGGAACACAAGCUUAACGGGAUAAACGGACAACAUGGAUAAUGGAGACUCUCUGUUUUGUUCGGUUAAAUCUUUCAUUGUUAUUCGAACUUGAACUUGAAGUCGUUUAAAAUGAAUGCAAAUGGAUAUUUGAUGUUCUGUUUGCUGUUAGUUUAGCUGUAACAGUCACUACAAUGUUAUUUACGCCUGAUUUUAUGCAACAAAUUACACAGAACGAUACAUCUCACGGUUAAUACGCUGGUUGCUUAUUUACAGACUCUUAUUAGCAUCAAUCGAUCGAUACUAUAAUGCGAUAAAGUAUGAUCGAUCAUGUCGACCAUGAAGAAAACACCAAACUAGUACACGGUACCCUCUGAUGUCAAACACAAAUAUGGUAAACAUCGAUACUUGGAAACAUUUCAUAAUGUCCCGUCCAGUAACGGAUGGAAUGGAAAACUGCUGUUUGCUUUACCUUCGACGAGAAGUCAUCACGGUCAGAUGUUGAAAAUUGCAUUGGUCUGCCAAUGGAACUUUUUUUUUUGUACGAAAACUUGUUAUGGGACAGAACAUCUAUCAGUACGGUUCAUGUCACAUACUCAGAACGGACAAUUUA